AUGCCUAAAAAACGUGAGACCAUCGAAGUUAUUAUAGAAGAUAUCCAUAAUGACGAUAAAAAAGAUAGUGAAUUUGAUAAAAAAGAUAAUGAACUUGAGAAUGAACUUGAGAAUGAAGAACAAAGUGAAGAAAUGCAAGAACAAAUUUUUACACCAGUAUCAGAACUUGAAAAUUGUGGAAUCAAUUCUUUGGAUAUCAAAAAACUUAUAGAUCAUGGUUUCAUUACAGUACAAUCUAUUGCAUUUACUCCUAAAAAGGCCUUAUAUGAAAUUAAAGGAAUUUCUGAAGUGAAAGCUGAAAAAAUUCAAUCUGAAGCUACAGAAAUUAAAUUGAGAAGAGAUGAUUAUCUUUAUAUAACAACUGGAUCAUUCGAAUUAAAUAGAUUGCUUGGAGGAAGAGGAAUUGAAUCCGGAGCAAUUACGGAAUUAUUUGGAGAAUUCAGAACCGGGAAAAGUCAACUUUGUCAUACACUUGCAGUUAGUUGUCAACUUCCAAUUGAUGUAGGAGGUGCAGCGGGUGGCUGUAUUUACAUAGAUACUGAAGGAACUUUUCGUCCCGAACGAUUAGUUGACAUUGCUAAAAGAUUUGGAUUGGAACCUAAUGAAGUUUUAGAUAAUGUAGCUGUUGCUAGAGCUUAUAAUACAGAUCAUCAAAUGAAUUUAUUAUUACAAGCUGCAGUAAUGAUGACUGAAUCAAGAGUUACACUUCUUGUUGUUGAUAGUGUUACAGCUUUGUAUAGAACAGAUUAUUCUGGGCGAGGUGAACUAGCGGCACGUCAAAUGCAUUUGGCUAAAUUCUUGCGUGGUCUAUUACGGUUAGCUGAUGAGUUUGGUGUCGCAAUUGUUAUCACAAAUCAAGUUGUGGCAAAUGUUGAUGGAAAUAUGUUUCCAGGUGGUGGUUCAGACAAAAAACCUAUUGGUGGCAACAUUAUAGCACAUUCAUCAACAACAAGGUUAUAUUUCCGUAAAGGAAAAGGUGAAAAUCGAAUAUGUAAAAUUUACGAUUCACCAUGCCUUCCCGAAGGUGAAGCUACAUUCUCUAUUGGUAUAGGUGGUAUUGAAGAUCCAAAAGAUUAA